UUUCCCAGGAUUGCUGCGGGAGUAGGAGGCUGCAGGGCGGGGAGAGAGUAGCCCAGGCUGCCGGAGCGGACACCGAUCAUCUGGAGACCCGGCGCGGCUGUUCUCUGUUGGGACGUGCGCUUCCUUUCUGGGAUUGUUUUUUUAAUUUAAAAAAAAUCACAAUUUCCAUAAAGACAAGCAGCGGAGUCCAGGGAGUUUACACACAAACGAGAGCCCUCAGAGCGGUGCGAUGGAGGAUGGGAAGCCGGUGUGGGCGCCCCACCCAACGGACGGGUUCCAGCUGGGAACCAUAGUGGACAUCGGAGCUGACAGCCUCACCAUCGAACCUCUCAAACAGAAAGGAAAGACAUUUUUGGCUCCCAUCAACCAGGUCUUCCCUGCAGAGGACGAUGUCAACAAACAUGUGGAGGAUAACUGUUCUUUGAUGUACUUGAAUGAAGCCACUCUGCUCAACAACGUUCGAGUGAGAUACAGCAAAGACAAAAUUUAUACAUUUGUAGCCAACAUCCUGAUCGCUGUGAACCCGUACUAUGACAUCCCAAAGCUUUACUCGCCGGAGACCAUCAAGCAGUAUCACGGCAGGUCGCUGGGCACGCUGCCGCCGCACGUCUACGCCAUCGCUGAUAAGGCGUACAGGGACAUGAAGGUCCUGAAGAUGAGCCAGUCCAUCAUCGUCUCAGGGGAGUCUGGUGCCGGGAAGACCGAGAACACCAAGUUUGUACUCAGAUACUUGACAACCUCGUACGGGACAGGUCAGGACAUAGACGAGAGAAUAGUGGAAGCGAACCCUUUGUUGGAAGCUUUUGGAAAUGCGAAAACGGUCCGGAACAACAACAGCAGCCGCUUCGGAAAGUUUGUGGAGAUCCACUUCAACGAGAAGAACGCCGUGGUGGGCGGCUUCGUGUCGCACUACCUGCUGGAGAAGUCGAGGAUCUGCACUCAGAGCUCCGAGGAGAGAAACUACCACAUCUUCUACCGACUGUGUGCCGGAGCCUCCGAGGACAUCAGGCAGAAGUUCCACCUCAGCUCCCCGGACACGUUCAGGUACCUGAACAGAGGAUGCACUCGGUUCUUCGCCUCCAAAGACACAGACAAACAGAUCCUGCAGAACCGCAAGAGCCCAGAGCACAUGAAGUCGGGCCCUCUGAAGGACCCGCUGCUGGACGACCAAGGCGACUUCAACCGCAUGAGCGUAGCCAUGAAGAAGAUUGGCCUGGACGACACGGAGAAGCUGGACUUGUUCAGGGUGGUGGCCGGCGUGCUGCACCUCGGAAACAUCGACUUCGAGGAGGCCGGAAGCACCUCAGGCGGCUGUGCCAUCAAGAACCAGUCGAGUCAGACGGUGGAGCACUGCGCUGAGCUGCUGGGUCUGGAGCAGGAGGACCUGAGAGUUAGCCUCACCACCAGGGUUAUGCUGACAACAGCAGGGGGCGCCAAAGGAACAGUCAUCAAAGUGCCGCUCAAAGUCGAGCAGGCUAACAACGCUCGGGACGCCUUGGCGAAGGCCAUUUACAGCCGCCUGUUCGACCACGUGGUGACCAGGGUCAACCAGUGCUUCCCCUUCGACUCCUCCGCCAACUUCAUUGGCGUCCUGGACAUCGCUGGCUUUGAAUACUUUGAGCACAACAGCUUCGAGCAGUUCUGCAUCAACUACUGUAAUGAAAAACUGCAGCAGUUCUUCAAUGAACGCAUCCUGAAAGAGGAGCAAGAGCUGUACCAGAGGGAGGGGCUCGGAGUCAACGAGGUGCACUAUGUCGACAAUCAGGACUGCAUAGACCUGGUGGAGGCGAAGGUGGUCGGCAUCCUGGACAUCCUGGACGAAGAAAACCGACUACCUCAACCCAGCGACCAGCACUUUACUGACACCGUUCACAACAAACACAAAGACCACUUCCGCCUGACAGUUCCCAGGAAGUCUAAGCUGGCUGUCCACAGGAACGUGAGGGAUGAUGAAGGAUUUAUUGUCAGACACUUUGCAGGAGCCGUCUGCUACGAGACGACCAAGUUUGUGGAGAAGAACAACGACGCCCUGCACAUGUCUCUGGAGUGUCUGGUCAGCGAGUCCAAGGACCGAUUUAUCCGCGGACUCUUUGAAAACUCCAACAACAGCAAAGACGUCAAGCAGAAGGCGGGAAAACUCAGCUUCAUCAGCGUCGGCAACAAGUUCAAGACUCAGCUGAAUAUUCUUCUGGAAAAGCUCCGCAGUACGGGCUCCAGUUUCAUCCGCUGCAUUAAGCCAAACCUGAAGAUGGUCAGCCACCAGUUUGAAGGAGCUCAGAUUCUCUCCCAACUGCAGUGCUCAGGUAUGGUGUCAGUGCUGGACCUGAUGCAGGGCGGCUUCCCCUCCAGAGCUCCCUUCCACGAACUCUACAACAUGUACCAGAAGUACAUGCCUCCUAAACUCACCCGCCUUGACCCGCGCCUCUUCUGCAAGGCUUUAUUCAAAGCUCUGGGACUAAAUGAGAAUGACUACAAGUUCGGCCUGACGAGAGUGUUUUUCCGGCCCGGGAAGUUUGCAGAGUUUGACCAGAUCAUGAAGUCGGACCCGGACCACCUGGCAGAGCUGGUGAAGAAGGUCAACAAGUGGCUCAUCCACAGCCGCUGGAAGAAGGUCCAGUGGUGCGGGCUGUCCGUCAUCAAACUGAAGAACAAGAUCUUGUACCGGACCAGCGCCUGUAUCAAGAUGCAGAAGACAGUUCGGAUGUGGCUCUGCAAGAGGAAGCACAAGCCUCGGAUCGACGGGUUGGUGAAGGUGCGUAACCUGAAGAAGAGGAUGGACCGCUUCAACGAGGUGGUGGCCGGGCUGAAGGAGGGCAAACAGGAGAUGAGCAAGCAGGUCCAGGAUCUGGACGGCGCCAUUGAUGCCCUGAUCGUCAAGAUCAAGAACACCAUCAUCUCACGGAUCGACAUCGACCACGACUACCAGGCUCUGGUGAUCCGCUCGGAGCAGCUGCUGACCGCCAUGCAGAACAAGAAGAAGGAGGAGGAGGAGCGGGAACGGCUGCGACGCAUCCAGGAGGAGAUGGAGAAGGAGAGGAAGAGGAGGGAGGAGGAAGAGCAGCGCCGCAAGCAGGAGGAGGAGGAUAGGCGUCUGAAAGCAGAGAUGGAGCUGAAGAGGAAGCAGGAAGAGGAGGAGAGGAAGAAGAGGGAGGAGGAGGAGAGGAGGAUUCAGAUGGAGAUGGAGCUGCAGCUGCAGGCGGAGCGGGAGGAGGAGGCGUCUCGGCAGACCGUCCUGGAGCAGGAGAGGAGGGACCGGGAGCUGGCGCUGAGGAUCGCCCAGAGCGAGGCGGAGCUCAUCCCCGAUGAGGUGCAGAACGACAUGGGCCUGCGCAGUAACGGCUCCUCAGUUCCAUCGUCCCCAGAGAGAGCAGCUGCUGCUGGAACCACACAGCUCAAGAGCUUGACCAUAGGUCCACAGGUCCAGGCAUCCAAAGCCGCUGCUGGCGCCAAGAAGUACGAGCUGAGCAAAUGGAAAUACGCCGAGCUGCGGGACGCCAUCAAUACCUCAUGCGACAUCGAGCUGCUGGCCGCCUGCAGGGAGGAGUUCCACCGCCGGCUCAAAGUUUACCACGCCUGGAAGUCAAAGAACAAGAAGAGAAACACAGAGACAGAGCAGCGAGCACCCAAAUCUGUCAUCGACUACGCCCAGCAGAACCCAGCCCCACCCUUACCAGCCAAGCAGUACGAGGUGGCCAUGAACCGGCAGCAGCGUUACUUCCGCAUCCCGUUCAUCCGGCCGGGUGACCAGUACAAAGACCCUCAGGGCAAGAAGAAGGGCUGGUGGUACGCUCACUUCGAUGGGCCCUGGAUCGCCAGGCAGAUGGAGCUGCAUCCCGAUAAACACCCCAUCGUGCUGGUGGCAGGAAAGGACGACAUGGAGAUGUGCGAGCUGAGUCUGGAGGAGACGGGCCUGUCGAGGAAGAGGGGAGCCGAGAUCCUUCCCCGGCAGUUCGAGGAGAUCUGGGAACGCUGUGGCGGGAUCCAGUAUCUCCGCAGCGCCAUCGAGAGCCGGCAGGCGCGACCCACCUACGCCACGGCCAUGCUGCAGAGCAUGUUCAAGUGAGGGAGCCCGGGGCCGGGGCCUCUCGCUGCAAACAAAGGGACGAAUGCACCAGCUACCUAACACAGAUGGCGUCUGAGCACACUGCACCAGGUUCUGACUGUAGGGCAUUCACGUGAACAGCGAUUUUUCUCAAUUGUCCUUUUGUUUUUCUUUUGUUUUUUGUUCUUGCUGGCUUUCAGUUCCUCAAAGGGGAGCAAGGGGAGGGAAGUUUUGCAUUGAACCCUAUGCAGAAAUCAUACUAAAUGAUUACAUCCAGUUGUUUUCCAAGGAAUUCUGUUCUCUGUAACAUUUCUGCACGUCUUAACUACGAGGCCUUAAUACUACUUUAACAGGGUUUAAUUGCCGUAAGUAGGACUUCUUUUUUUUCUUUUCUUUUUUUUGGUGUUCAAAGCUGCCUCCCCCAUACAAGAAAACUUUAAAUUCCUCUGUAAUUAUGCAUUCCUGAUUAUUACACUGAAGUCUCACUGGUGUGUUGCUUCCAUCUUAACAGCUAGCUGGUGAUCCCUCUCCGACUUAAAACCUGCUGUUUACAUUGUCUUCAUGCGGUUCUUACAGGGCAAAAAACUUGCACAAGGAGUUCAGCUCUCACCGUGAGGCAGUGCUGCAUGAGUGUCAGAUUAUUCCUCGUGACUGCACUCGUAAUUCAGUCAAAUAUUUGCUAAUACUUACUUUUUUAUUUUACCUUUUGUCUGUCGAACCGAAUGUAACUUGAGACCUCGUUGAUUUGUUCAUGUAGUGAUUCCUCUUUUCUCCUCAUCAUGUGUGAUUAAAUGUGUAAAGCUAAUGAGAAAGGUCCAAAAAUGUUUGAGGCUGAGACCAUAGAUGGCUCUGUAAAGCCAUCGUUGGGGUUUUUUUUUGUUUUUUUGUUUUUUUGUGGCCAGAGAAGUAAUUCAGCUCUGUGAUUAGUUUUUGUCAAGCAAAGCAGAAAAUGUGAAUUAAUUAUGCAACUGCUGAGAUGCACCUCUACGUGGGAUGUUUGAGAGCAGAUCAGCACUGCAAAAGAAAUAUCUUCAAUAAGUCAUUUAUACCAUCUUUAGGUUUAAAAUUUGAUCUUUUUACAUGAUGAAACAUAAUUUGCCAACACAGUGAUUCCCAAGGUAGUUUCACAUGUAUUCGCUGACGCUAACUUGAAAAAAAAAGUUUAAAAAAUCACUUCAUUUGGCUGUUUGAUGAAUAAAGUCACUUGAUUCCAGAACAUGUUUAAAAAUUUGUAUUAUCUCUUGUCGGAUUCAUUCAGUCGGACAUUUUUUCUGCUGUGUAAGAGCUUAUCGGGCACGUCAUUAACUCUGUACGACGCACUGGUACUCAUCUUUGAACUGGAACCUUCAGACAACACUGAAUAUUUUCUAUACAGCAAGUACAGUAUGUGAAGCCAACAGUGAUACUCCAACUGGAAUGUAAAAGUUUAUUUUUUGAAAGAACAGUUUCUACUUCAGUGGCUUGGGCAUGUGUGAGAUUGUCAAGAGAAGCAAUAAAUCACGCAAACUAAGCUAAAACGACCUUUGCCUUGUACAUAAGAAUUUUCAAGACAAUCUGUUAUGACGUCACACCUGCUCUUGUUCACCUGAGGCUGCCGAGUUUGUUCCUGCGCUUUCUAUUUUCUGUGAUGCUCUGCACAACACAAAGGUGACUUGGAUUGUCUGAAAGCAUGAAUACUUGUCUUGUCGCAAAGUAGCUUAUCCCCUUUACAAAUGGCAUUAACAUGCAGGUGAGCUGGCUUAAAAUCAAUGAACGGAUGCACCCAAGAUACACAAGGUCUGAUAGUCCUGCAAACAGUGACAGCAAAGACAGAAAACUUUGUCUGGGCAAUCUGCAGGUUAAAAUAUGUCAGUUAUAUUAUACCUAGACCUCUAAAAAAACUCUUUUCAUCCAAAUUUAGCCCCUACAUCAGAUGUACUGUAGUAAAGGAACUGGAUACUAGACUCAAAGAUGGCGCCCACUCCCUCAAUUGAAAAUUGUUUGCCUUGCACAUAAGCCAAAAAAAAAGUUUUCCAGCUACCAGGGUUGCCUUUGCAUUGUGCAGCCCACUGCACAUGCUCAUUAGCCUUGACCCGUAGACUUUACAUUGGGAUGACGUCACAAACUUUAAAAAUCUCUUGUGUAGUUUUAUGAAUAUAAAACCUUCACGGAUUCAAAAUUCAUAAUACGAACAGUAUUAUUUUUAGUUUAAGGUGUCCUGUCAACAGUUUUACAGAUGUCUCUUUUGUAAUGUUUUUUUUUUGCUUUGCUGCAAUACCGUGAGCGGCCACUAGGAAAAAUAGGCAGCGCUGUAAUAUAUCCAGGCUCUCCACAGCUGACAUAUUUAAGCCACAUUUUUCAGUCUUCCACCUCGUACCUGUUAAAUAGAACACGUUCGCUUCAACUUUAAUCAGUUCAGCUGUCUACACAGACCGUUUAACAGCUCGCUCUUUACAUGCGUAACUGCAACCUAAAGCAUGUUUUUAAGGCUUCAGCCAAUGAUUUAUAUUUGGCUAUAAAACACUGUUAAAACACUUUGAAGUACAUAAGGAUACACAUGGUGUGAGACCUGAUAAAAGGACUUCAAUAGCCAUAAAAAUAUUUUUACUUUUUUAGGCAGCUGUCUAACUUGCAUUAGACUAGUUUAAGAGCAAAGUUUUCCUGAAACCUGCUUCAAGGCUGACUGUCAUUGUCGCUGUGAUCAUUUGCUGUUGUUACGACAGACCAGUAACACUUUUUUCUGACAAACAACAUUCAAAUAUCACUGCUUUUUACUCUGAUAAAGAUGCAUUUCCUCACCUCAACAUGAAACGUCGCUGUUCUCUCGCUGGUUUUUCUUUUGAUUUGCUGUUUUCUGCUCUUGCUGGCACUACAUCUGACAUCAAAUAGUGACACUGAAGGAAAAAAACCCUGAAUUUCAAUGAUUUGAACUGCAUUUUAAACCUGAUUCCCUGAUUGAUUUGAUUGUGAUUCCUUUGCUUAAAGCAUAAAUCAAAUGUGCCCCAAAUACAUCAACAAAACUUACAAAAACAGAAAUUACGUUUGAUUUACACAGUCAGGAAAAUCAUGAAAAAUCAAACAAGACAAACGUUAAGAAAUCUGGAUCUUGUUUGAACUCUGUAUGGAUGCACGUUAAUGCCAAGUGUGAAGAGGCUGUUGCAACAUUCUGAGCUUUGCCCAUAAUUGAGACCUCAUUACUGGUUUAACACCGGAGCGAUGGCCUGGAAAUGUACAAGAAAAUGUCCUGCGUUUGCUUCGAUCUGUUUCUCUCCACACAUUACAAUCAUUCCUCGGGAAGCACUGCCUUUCUCCACUGUCAUUUUUCUAACGCUGAUCUCUCUAACAGACGAAUAAAUGCAUUCCAUGUUUCACUCA